AUGAAAGUCAACCAAGCAAAGUUUGAUGAUAUGAAAGUGAUGGAGGAAGCAUUUGCUGCACAAGCAGAGCUUGAGGCAAAGUCAGUUCAGGAGUGGCAGAAGCAGAAAUACCAGAAGAGAAUUAAAAAGAAACAGCAUCUAAAGCAGGAAGAAGAACAUAAGAAACAAAAAUUUGAAGCAAAGAAGCAGCAGGUAUUACGUGAGAAUCUGGAUGGAAAAUGGGACAAUGCCCUCGCUAUUCAACGGUUUGUUGCAGUGUGGAACUUCUUUAAUACAUCCAAGGUCCCUCCCUCAGCUAUGAAGGUACCUUGGCCUAUACUCUCACAUCCAAAUGUUACAACACCUCAUGACACCAAUUGGGAAAAUGUUGAGGCCUUUAUCACAAUUACUGGAUGUCUUGGAUGA